CAACAAUCCAAUUGAUCCAUUUUCCCUCCUUCAUCUUAUCAUUACUACCCCACAGUUUAUGCACACUCACUACUUUGCUCCUUAAUCACUUCUCUUUCACACAACUUAUGUAAUAACCUCGCAAUCGAUCAAGAUGAAGAAGAGAUUAGCAGCAAGCACCAUCGAUGAUUCCACUAAACUUGAUCGCAAAACCAUCGAAAGAAACCGCAGAAUCCACAUGAAAUCCCUCUGCCAUCAGCUUGGUUCUCUUAUUCCUCCCAACCUCAAACCACCCAAAUCCAAGCUGAUGCUAGGGCAGCAGGACCAACUGGAUCUCGCAGCAAGGUACAUAAAACAAAUGAGAGAGAGAAUAGAGAAAUUGAAGAGGCAGAAGGAGCAAGCGAUGUUGAACCAAAGCAGUGAAAGAAAAAUGUUCGUUGACACCAAGUUGCCAAUACUCGAGCUAAGAGACUUGGGUUCCGGCAUCGAAGUGAUGCUGGUGAGUGGAUUGAACAAGACAGUCAUGUUGUACGAAGUAAUCAGCGUUCUUGAGGAAGAAGGUGCUGAAGUUGUCACUGCAAGCUUCUCAACUGUCGGCGACAAGUUAUUUUACGUUGUUCACGCUCAGGUUAAAAUAUCAAGAGUUGGAGUGGAGACGACAAGGGUAAAGGAUAGACUUCAAGAAUUUAUUGCCCCAUUAGAAAUUUGGCCGGAAGACGUGUGAAUCUUAACAGCUACUCUGUACCUCACUAUGUACUGUGUCCUGCCCACAAAUUAUUAGUUUCAGAGCUAUGUCCUGGCUGUGUCAAUCAUAUUAAUCUAUAUAUUAGCUU